UAGGGGACGGCGUCGCAACACCUUUCGAUGGUGUUCGAGGACCUGUGGGUGGACCUGGAACGCUCGCCAGUACCAUUCCCGGUAGCGGCAUGUCACACACUGAAUUACAGUUAAUGCGGGGGCUAGAACAAGAAAUCCAUCUUCCCCACCAUCUUGUGCCCGUAUCCUAAGAGAAGAGGUGCACCAAGAUGCUCGACAAGAUGAAUUUCCUCUAGCUCUAAUGCAGCCAAUUGAUGAGAAAAACGUACAACAACUAGGAGAUGUUGGUCGUGCAGGAGGUGGCAGUCGCACAGGAGGACCAGGAUCCGUACGACGCGGCGAGGACAAAAGUGACUACCGUGACUUCUUCAAAUUGUGUGAAAAGUCACAGCAUAAGCAACGCAUGGCAGAGUAUAUGGAACAUCUGGGCGACAAUGAGGAUGCCUUGGAGGAUGUGAUGCAAGCGUCGCAGAAGUCCGUGGCUCUCACAGCUCCUAGACCCCGUCCUUCUGCCAUACCGGGUUUUGGAGGUGCUAGUUCGACGUCCUCAGUAGCUGGCAAGACUGCGUCCGUGGCUGGGAAGAAAGUUCCACCAGUACCUGAAGCUCCAGAAGUUGG